AUGAUUCAAAACAUCAAUAAUUGGCUUAUCCCUAAACUUUACAUCAACAAUUUGAUUGUAAUCUUUUCAGCUUCUCAGAAACGAAAGAGCAAAGAGCAAAGACCAAAUCGCCGUUUUAGCAAAUCCAAAUCAGGUUGCAAGGAAUCGCUUCUCAAAAUCGCUUCAGGUUGCAAUCGCUUCUCAAAAUCGUUUCAGAUUAGUUCACCACUCUCGCUCUGCAACUCGCAUUUCUCGUGUUGCAACACUCAAUCUGAAUCGCUCAGCAACGCUCACAGCGUUUGCCUCUCGUCCUCUCCUUCGUGGAUCUUGAACUCAGAUUGUUAA